AUGAGUGAUGAUGGAAGAGGUUCAAGUGAUAAUGAAUGUCAAGAUAGCGAAGACGAGAAUUUAGAACUUUGUCAGCAAAUUGAACGAAAUGGAGAUCUCAUUGUAUUUGAAAACACGCUCAAUCGAAGUAAUAGUGGUGAACCUAGUGCUCAAGAAUCAAGUCCUAUUCAAAGCGAACGAGAACAUCAAGAAUCCCGCGAUUUUGCUGAAAAGGUCGAUUUCAUUUCAAGUCAAAUAACACUUACGACAUGCCAAUCUGGAGAUGAAAUACCGAUUGAGCACCUAUCAAGAAUUGAAAUAGAGAAGAAGCAGUCACCGCUUGCAAUAGAACCGUGUGAGAGCCCAAUAAUUUGUGUAUCAAAUGGCGAUUCUUAUCAGAACGUAGAGUCAAAGCAGAUCGGGAACGAUAUAAUCCCUCAGCUCUAUGAGGGAGAUGGAGAAAACUUUGACGAUUGUGCUCAGCAUUUGACUUCACACCACAACACAUUGUUGAACUCGCCAAUCCAGACAACUUGCGAGAUUCAAGAUGAUACAGUAGCUGCUGUCGACAUAGCACCAGUGAAUCUUAACCACAGUGUGUUGUCGUCAAAUGAAGAAUUGAAAAAGUCCACAUCUCUUUCAAAUCAAGUAAAAUCGGAAGUAGCUGAUCGUGAUACUACUUACGUCAAACAUUCCUGCGAAAACUUGCCACUAGAAACAAACAACGAGCCGCCCGAUUUCAGCUCACUUGCAAUUGCGGAAAAGCAGGCAACAUAUACAGUUGAUUUAUUGUUCCCCGUCGUUUAUGAGAGCGCCGGCUCCAUAGAACUUGCACAAAAGACGAGUACAAAUCAAGUGAUUGCCUCCUCUAAUACAUCCUUGCCGACUUCAAGCGAAAAGCCUCAAAAGGAGGAUAGAAACAUCGAAAAACAUUUAGCAUCGCGCUUGGCAGCUCUCCAAGCUCGCCUUGAUCUCGCUAAUACUAACUUGGCAAAUGCAACACGUACGUUUAAGCUUCAACUUUCGAUAGCUGAAAGUGAUUGCAAGAAAUUAUCGGAUCGAAAUGCUCGCUUAAAGACUCAGAAUUCUGUCUUGACUACGACUUUGCAGCGGUCGACGGCUGAAUUAAGUAAAUUGAAGACUGAAAACGAAAUUUAUGCUGCUAAACUCCCACGUUUGCAGGCUGAAUUGUUAAAAGAGACGAGUGAAGUAGAUGAAACUCAGGCACAAUCAUUGCAAACACAAGUUGCUAUGGUACAGUUGAAGGCGCGAUCGCAUGUUUUACAGACGCGAGUUCAUUCGAUUGAAGCGCAGAAUAAAAAAUUGACAUUACAAUUGCGAGAAUGUCAACAACAAUUGAAGCGUAAAACUUGUGCAUUGCAGCAUCAGAUUGAAAAGACAAAGAGCAUUGAAAUUGAUUUGAAUGAGUUGAGGAUUAAGUUUUCACGAGAAAAAAUGGAGUGGAAAAAUCGAUUCACAACUUCAUUGCAACGGUUUGAAUGUGAGAAAAAGAAGCUUGAAAAUGAACAUGAAGCGAAAGAGAAAAAAACGAUUUCCGAGUUGAAAAGAAGAGCAGAGAAAGCAAUUAAGCAGCAAAAAGUUGCUGAAGUUUGUGCAGAUGAAUUACGACAACAGCUGAAGCAGUGUAAACAUGAACUUGUGUGUGCUAGUGAUGCAGUUCAACAACGUUCAAAUGAGGUACACGAUAUUCAGAGUUUUUUGCAAAAGGCUCAUCGAACGGAAACCAGACUACGACGUGACCUAUCUGACUUGAAGUACAAGCUUUGCUUCCUACGAAACGAGAAGAAACAUGACAUGACAUAUCAUAAAAGGAUAGAAAAUCAGCAUAAGAUGCUCAAACACGAACUUUCCAAUGAAGUGGUAUUAUAUGAAUCUGAUAGCAGUGAUAAAGAAGACGAAAAUCAGGAACAUGAGUGCUGCAGUGCUACCUGCUUUUCUGUUAAGUCUUCACCUUUAGAUCGCAGUAAAUGCUUGCAACUUCAAGGUCAAGUGGAACACUUGCAGCAAGAGCUUCGACGCUUACGCUGUCUUCAUUCCACUGAGUUGGAAGCUCAGGGCUCCGUUCUGGAUGCGUUAUUACGCUGUGCAAAGGGGAACUAG